AAUUAUCAGUUUUAUGCAAUGAAAGACAGUCCACUAUAGAGACACUUAAUAGUUCUGUUGCAAACUUACAGACAAGCAUGGACGAGCUCUCUCAGAUUAAGAACUCUGAAAUAUCUUCUUUAAAUGAGCAUGUGAAUUCCUUAUCCCUGGAAUGCCAAAAUCUUAAAACCCUCUGUGAAUCACUCGAAUCUCAGCUUGAGCAUGCCAAUCACAGCAUGACAGAAUUGCAUGAAAAGCACGAGGAAACUAGUCAUUGCCUGAAAAAUGUAGAAGAAAAAGCAAAGAAAUAUGAGCAUGAUUUACAGGAAGCAAAAAAUCAACAUGUUUCUGUUCAAACUUGUUUGGAUGAAAGUGAGAAAAGUCUUCAAGAAACUAAAGUUUUGUUAUCUGAGUAUUUAUAUGAAAUUGAACAAUUAACAUCCAAGCUCUCUACAACCUCCCACUCUUUAUCAUUGAUAAAACAGGAAAAUGUUUCAUUAAAACGGGACCUGGAUUCUGAACGUGAAGGUCUUGCUGCAGUCCAAAAGUGUACUCAGGAGAAAGAAGAAGAGAUAAGAAAAUUGGAAACUAAUUUAGUGAACAUUGAAGACAAAGUGUGUGCAUUAGAGAAAGACAAAGAACAGAGAGAAAAGUACACCAGAUCUCUUGAAAGAGAGAAAAAUGUUUGUACUGACAAAUUAAAGGAGCUUCAGGAUGAAGUUGUCCAAAAAGACCAAACAAUACUGGAACUUCAAAAAGAUCAAGAAAGCAGAACUGAAGAGAUGAACAGACUAAAUGACAUCAUUGUCACAAAGGAGAGAAGUCUUACAGAGCAAAGAGAAAGUAUUGAUUGUUUACAGCAAAAGAUCCAGGAGAAGGACGGAAUUCUUGAAGAAAAAGAAGCUGCUGAACAGCAUCAAAUAGAUAAGUUGGCUGAGGUUACUAUGUCUAGGAAAACUGUUGAGUUUCGACUAAAGGAGAAAGAGGAAGAGAUUGAAGGCCUUGCUGAGUGUAUUUCCGACUUAAACACCAGAAUUAAAGAAGCAGAGGACAGCAAAGCAGUUUCCAUAAGUAAACUUCAGAAAGAAAUUGAUGAAUAUCAAAACCACCUUGAUUCGUUGAAAAAUACAAAGAAAGAACUUUCUGAUGAAGUGAUCUUAUUACAAAGAGAAAAGAAAGACCAAUCUGAAUCAAUUUUAAAUAUGCAAACUUAUUUGGAAAAAUUAGAAGAAAAAGCAUCAGCAUUAGAAAAGCUAAUUGCAGAGAAAGAGAAAGCUUUGAAAGAAUUGCAGCUUGCCUUUGAGGAAAAGGUUGAGACUAAUUCUAACUUGGAAAAAUCAUUAGGACAAUCUGAAGAGGAAUGCACAAGACUUAGACACACAGUAAAUUGCAAAGAGGAAGAACUGUCCGAUUUAAAAAAUAAACAUGCUGAUUUAAAAAUUGAGAUGCAGGCUUUAGAGGAAUCAAUUCAAAUGAAAAAUACGGAUAUAGAAAAUUCAUUUAAAAUUAUAUCUGAAAAGAAAUCUGAAGUUCAAAAAUUAAAUGAAAAAGUACAAAGCUUGGAAAUAUCGGAGGCUUCACUGAAAGAAGAAUUAUUGAAGAAUGCUAAUUAUGUAAAGGACUUGUUGAGUCAAAAAGAGGUUGCUAGUGAAUUAUCAAGCAAAGAAAUGGAAGUGCUUCGAAAAAGCAGUGAAAGUAAUGCUGAGAGACUAGAAAAAAUGAUUCAAGCAAAAGAUCAUGCUAUAGAAAAUGCUCAAGCAAGAAUUCUAGAGUUGGAAAAGUUGGAAAGUCAAUUAAAUGACAAUCUCAAAAUGUCAAACCAGGAAGUAAUUUUUCUGAAAGAAAGCACCGCUAAGCUUGAAGAAGAGUGUGAGAAAGAAAAAUCAGAAAAAGAAACCUUGGAAAACCACUUGGAUAAGCUUAAAAAGGAACAAAACCAAAAGAUUGAAGAAUUGGAAAAAUUGAAUGAGUUGAUGGUCACAAAAGAGAAAUCUUUGAAAGAGUCCAUAAUGAAGUGUGACCUUGUUCAGAAAGAAAUUGUGUCAAAGACAGAGAUGAUAAAAUCUAUGGAAGAAGAAAGCGAGAAAAAAGAAAAACAUAUUCAAGAACUUUCAACUGUGGUUCAAGAAAAAGAGGACAUUCUAAAAAAUACCCUGCAGGAGAGAGAGAUACUGAGUGAGGAAGUGACUGAAAAGAAACAAGAGAUAUUUGAUUUAAAGUCAACAUUAAAUGCUGUCUGUGAAAAAGUGGAGAUAAUGGAACAAUCAACAUUAGCAAAAGAUGCUGAAAUCAAAGAUCUUCAGUGCACUCUAUUAGAAAAAGAGGAAAUUAUUCAUAAGUGUGAAUUACAGAUUCAGGCCAAAAAUAACCAGAUAACAGACCUAGAAAAUAGCUUAUUACAAUCUGAAAAAUCUAUAGAAGACCUAAAGAAAAUAUGUGACAAUCAAAAUUCAGAAAUUGAAGCUCUCAAAGACAAUAUUCAGGAGAAUAGUGUAACCAAAACUUCAAUUCAAGAAGUUCUGAAACAAAAGGAAGAAGAGUGCAAUCAUUUAUUGCUAGAACUGAAGAAUACAGAGGUAAAAGUAAAAGAAAUGGAAGAAGAAAUACAAAGAAUCAUUAGUGAAAAAGAAAAGUUGGAAAUUUCUUCUCAAUUUUUAGCUACAUCUUUGAAAGAAAAAGAGAUUCUUAUAGGUUCAAUAGAAUCUCAGCUUACAGAAGUGAUGAAAGACCUAGACAGUGCCAGAAAAGACAGAGAUUUGGCUUUACAGGAGAGUUCCAAAUUUCAAACAGAAAUUUCAAAUCUAAAAGAAGAAAAUAAAACCUUUAAAAAUGUCCUAUGUGAAAAAGAGAAGGAAUCAGAUGAAAUCAUUUCAAGCUUAAAGGAAGAACUGAAAGUUAAUUUGCUUGAAAAAGAAGCUCUUAUGGAAAUGUUACUCAGUGAGGACCUGUCUCAAAAUCUGUCUCCUGGAUCAAAUGUCUCACAGCAAAUGGAAAAAGCUGUUCACAGAUUAGUUCAGUUAAAAUCUUUAAUUGAAAUUACCAAAGAGGAAUGUAGUCAGAAAGCAUGUCAAAUAGAUGUGUUGAAACAGGAAAUGGAAGAUAUGAAUGUAAAACUGGAAGCACAGAUAUCUAGUCAUUUACAUACAUCAUUGAUUCUAGUCAAAGAAAAGCAAAAGUCAGAUGAAAUGGAAAAUGAUCUCAAAGAAGCCACAAAAGCAAAGAAUGAUGCUCAGGAAGAAAUUCAUCGGCAUCUUUGUGAACUCAGUAAUAAAGACAAAGUAGUUUGUUCCUUGAAGAUAGAAAUUGAACAGUUGAAGCUAGCCAACAGACAAGAAGUUACUGUUUUGCAACAAAGCCAUGAUGAAUUAGUGAGCAAAACAAAAGAGACUCUACAGGAAAUGUACAAAGAAAAAGAUGGUCUUAUUGAAGAAUUAAAGCGUAUAAAUGAACAGAACACCAUUUCCACCCAAAAAUUAGAGAUUUCAGAGAAGCACUUAUCUGAGUUAGAAGCCAAGAGUACCAGUUUAUCUUCAAAACUAGAACAGGUUGAAAAUGAAAAUGAAAGUCUCGUUACAGAAGUAAAGAGUAUACAAGAAUCUCUGUCACAGGAGAGGUCAGAUAAUCUUUCAAUAAUAAGUAAAAAGACUGAUGUAAUUGAGAACCUCCAAUCCGAAUUGCAGACUCAGGUACAAGAAUUACACAGCACUCAGAAGCAACUGGAAAUUCUAGACAAAGAUCUGAAAGAAGAAAUAGCAAAACUCUCGGACAACAAUGCAGGUUUGCUAAAUCAAAAUGAUGAGUUGUCAGAGAGCAAAAGAAACCUUGAAGUGGAAAAAACUGCGCUUAAAGAGCUGGUCUCUUCAUUGCAGGAAGAGAUAAAGAAUGAGGAGCAGAGACUGAAGGAUUCUGAAGAAGCUUUAGAGGCUGUCAGACAGGAAAAGGAUUGUUUGGAGAAAUGUAAUCAUGACCUUGAAAUCAAGGUAGAAGAAUUAAAAACAAAAUCAGAGAAUUUAGAACUUGAGGAUCAGAAAAAGACAGAUGAUUUUUCAAAAAGUCAUACAGAAUUGACAAAACAAAAGGAUCUUUUGCAGCAAAAAAAUGAUCUGCUGACUGAUGAACUGGUUGGUAAAAAGAAAACUCUUGAGCAGUUUGAAAGUGAUCAACAAGCCCUGAAAGAAAAACUAAAUUUGGCAUUGCUUGAAAAGGACAAAGAAGGAAUAAAUCAUCAAAAAGAAACACAGGAGUUAUCUGUAUCCAAUGCUAGUCUUCAGGAUGAAGUAAAAACUCUUAAAGAAUCCAUGGUUAUCUUGGAAACUAAAUUAGAGGAGGAAUCAAAAAAGUGCAUUGAAUUGAAACAUAUGUAUGAUGAAGCUGUGCAAUCAAACUGUAAAUACCAGGAAGACAUAAAAAUAUCACGACAGAACUUAGAGGAAGCAGUGGAAAAGAGAAAGGCUGUUACAGAGGAACUACAUGAAGUGAAAGAAUCUCUGGAAUUAAAGAUGAAGGAGCUCUCUGCACUGUCAACGGAAAAAGAGACACUAAAGAACGAGUUGGAAAGUUUGAAAGAUUUAUAUGAAAAGUGUUUUAAAGAAAAAGAGAGAUUGGAAAAUUUGGUUAAAGAGUUGGAACAAACUUUAUCAGAAGAAAAUUCAAAUUUUGACAGCAAAGUUAAAGAAAUUGAGUCACUUAUGUUAACUUUAGGAGAGAUGCAAAAUGCUAAUGACUUUUUACAGAAGAAGUUGGAAGAUGUUGAGGAUGAGAAACAGGCAUUAGAAAAGAAUGUGGGAGAUUUCCAAGAAAAUCUUCACUCUCUCAACAUAGAAAGAGAAGAUUUAGUGAAGAAAAUUGAAGAACUCAAAAACAAAGAAGAAGCGCAUAUUUCUAAGAAUGAAACUCUUUUGAAAGAUCUAGAGAAAGUGGGAACAGAAAGGGAAUCCCUGUGUUUAAACUAUGAAAAAUUAUCCAAGGACUUUGAUGAUGUUAAACUGGAAAAUGAUUUGUGGAGUAAAUCUGUGGCAGAAAAGGAAAUUCAUUUAAAUGCUUUGGAGUCUGAAAUCGACGAGUUGAAGGCAACUAACCAGAACCUUGGGCUCUCCUUAUGUGAUGCAGAGAUGGAGAUAGAAAGGCUAAAGACUGAAUUGCAGGAAAAUGUAGCUAUCAGAGAAGAGAAAGAAAAGUUAUUGCUACAAAGCAUGACAGAAUCCCAUUCUCAGUCUGAAAAUAUUGUAGAGAUAGAGGAGAAAUAUUUACUUAUGCAGUCAGAAUUACAGAGAACAAAAACAGAGAAAAAUGAUCAAGAAAAUGCCCUUUCAAAUGUUUUGAAAGAAUUUGAAGAGUUAAAAUCAGAGCAUUCCAAAAUGAUGCGAGAAUUUGAUAUUGAAAAGACAUCACAUCUAUCUGAAAACAGGUGUUUGAAAGAAGAAAAAGAGAGGAUGGAAAUUCAGUUAAGAAAUGAUCUCCUUAAAGAGGCAGAGGAAAAUGAAAAAGUCUUAAAGCAGUUAGAACAACAGGAUUUACAAAUUGUCAUUUUAAAAGAGUACAUAGAGGAGCUUGAAAGUCGAUGCUCUGACACCUCUGAGACAAUAACAAAACUAAGAUUAGAUUUGAAGAAAAAAACAGACAAAUACACUGCUGAAAUAAAUGAAAAGAGUAUUCAAGUGACAGACCUUGAUCAAAAGAUAAAGACGUUGCUGAUUUCAAUGGAAUGUAAAGACCAAGAACUAGAAAAAGUUUGUUCAGAUUUAGCAUCUACAGAAGAAACCUCUGCAAAGAAUACAGAACUAUUAGAGCAAUCUUGCAAAGAUUUGGAAGAAAGGUAUGCUAUUGAACAAAAGAAGUGUAGUGAUCUGCAAAAGAGAAUUGCUGCACUAGAGACUGAUCUGGAGGUAAAAACUGCCCUUUCCAUGGAGCUUGAAAGGUCAUUCCAGACUUGUGAAAAAGAUAGAAGCCAUUUUGAACAAAGACUGCAUGAUCUGCAGGAGGAGAAAGUGAUAGCUAGGAAGGAAUGUCAAGAUUUAGAAAAGACUCUUGAGAAAAGUACUGAACACAUUCAUUCCCUGGAGACCAAACUUGAGGAGCAGAAAAGUAAAUACUUUAACAUUUGUGCACGAAAUGAAAAGGAACAAUGUGAUAUUGUCUCAAAGAUGGAGAUGCUGAAAGAUGAAUGUGAGAGGCUGAAUGAACAAAAUCAAGGAAUCACAAUUUUUUCCAAAAAAUUGCAGUCCAAUAUUAAAGAAAAAUCCCAUAAGAUCCUCGAACUACAAAGUGAGAUUAAAUUACUGCAAGCAGAGUCGGACAAGCUGAAGAACGACUUCAGCUUACAAGAAAAGGAAAUAGAACAAGGGAGACUAAAUUUAUUAAAUAAAAUUAAUGAACUUGAUCGAGAAAUUUUAAAAUAUAAAGACAUGCUUAAGGAAAGUGAUUUGAGAAAGAUUGAAUUAGAAGCAGGUAGCUUUGAAUUAAGUAAGAACAACUCCAUCUUAGAAGAAAAAAAUCAGGAACUUGAACUCGAAUAUGAUACCCUUGAAAGCAAAUUAAAAGAGGCAGAAGAAAGAUUUAGUAAUGCAAUGCACUCAAAAGAUGAUGAUCUUAACCAUUCCCUUAAAAAGUAUGAAGAAUUGGCUAAAAUGAACGAAAUGUUAAGUGAGAGUUUAACAAACACAAAGGAAGAGAUUCAGUCGCUCAGAGAUGAGAAAAAUAAUAUGGAAAUGCUGGUUGGAAAUCUUCAAUUGCAGAAACGUGAUUUAGAUAGAAAAAUUUCUAAAACACGCGAAGAAUUCACAUCCGCCCGAGAACAGAUCGAGUGUUUAGGCAGAGAAAAGGCUAAAGUUCUUGAAGAAAUGAAAGAAUUGCAGAUAAGACUGGAAACCCAAAAUGAAAAUUUCAACAGAAGAAUUGAAGGAAAAGAGGAUUCUCUUUCUACCGUUAGAAAUAAACUGGAUUCUUUACUUGAAAUCAAAUUAAGCCUGGAGAAAGAGGUAGUUAAUUUGAAAGAUCUGUUAAAAGAUUCAGAGAAUGAAAAACAAGUUAUUUCCCAACAGAUGAAAGAAAAGGACGAUUUGUUUGCAUCAAAGAAAGACACUUAUGAACAAUAUGUCUCUCUUCUGAUGUCAGAAAAUGAGAUGUAUGAAAAGAAAAUUCAGGAUAUGGAUUCAUUGUUAAAUAAUGAAAGAAAGAAGAAUGCUCAUAUGAAUAAUCAGCUAGAGGAAAGCAAAACUAAGCUGAAGGUUGUGAGAGAGGAAAAAAGUAAGGUAGAAAUUGAAUAUGAUUUACUCAAAGCUGAAUUACAAGAAAAGAAUGAACAGUAUACAGAUUGUAAUAGAGAGUUAGAAACACUGAAAACAGAAAGUCAGCAAAUGAAAACUGCUUUAGAAAAGACAAAAGAGGAAGCAUCAACACAAAUUGAACAGAUUAUGAAAGACAAUGAAAAAUUUUUAAAAGAGAAGGAACAGGGAGAAGGUGUACAGGCGGACCUUCAAUCACAAUGUGACGAAUUGAAAACGCAACUCCAUGAGAAAAUACAUUCAAUUGUCAUCCCUAUGAAAUCACUAUGCGAAGAAUUGAGUUCAAAUUCGGAGGAAAUUGCUGAAUUCCCCCAAGACACAUAUGAUAUGGGUCCCUUAGUUGAAUUUAUGAAGUCUAGAGUUAUGAAAUGGAAAGAAGAAGUAGAAAAGGUUACACAAGAAAACGUCAACCUUCAAGAUGAGAUAAAUUCACAUUCAGGUGAUGUGGCUGAUCUGAAACUAGAAUUAAGUAAAAGUCAGUCUGUUAAGGAAGAUUUGCAGAGGAAGCAUGAUUUAAUCUUAGCAGAAUUGGAGGAACUGCAACAGACUUCCCACAGUGUUGAUGUUAAUAACAUGAUGACAUUAACAACUAACAAAAAAUUGAAGGAGAAAAUGAAUGACCAGAAGGCAGAACUACAAAGACUACAAAGAACCUUAGAUAUAUCAGAACAAAGACAAGCUGAAUGUGAACAAAGGAUGAUUGAAUUGAUAAAAGAAACAGAAAAUGAUUCUCCUGACAGUUCAACUGAACUUGGAAAAGAUGAUGUGGACAAAGCUAUUAUUGAAAAGCUUGAAGAAAAUGUACAUUCUUUAAAAGAGAAUAUUCUCAAGCUACAUGAAGAAAAUGCCAUCCUUGAAAAUGAACAGAGGAACGCGGUUACUCAUUUGAAAGACGUUACAGCAUCUCGAGAAGAAUUUGCUCAAAAAAUGAAAGAGAAAGAAAGUCAUUUAGAGGAGAUGUUUCAGAACAAAGAGUCGCUAGACUCUGAGCUUUUAAAAAUCAAGAGUGAGUAUUCUGAAAUGAGAGAGCAAGUCCAUGCUUUGAAGACCGAGAACAGCACACUAACAUUGCAGUUGAAGGAAAAAGAAGGGCAAUUUUCUGGACUUGAAAGUCAAUUGCAAGACAAGUUAGAACAAGAUAAAAGGAAGAUGAAGGACUUACUUACAGAGCAGGAAGACCUGAAUUCGAAAAACAACGACCUUAAAAUUAAACUAGAAACAUUCCAAGAAGAAGUAGCAACACUGUACAGAGAAAAUGAGGAACUAAAGACUGAAGUUUCUACCUUAAAAUGUACUAUUGCAGGAAAGGAGGAAAGUAUAAUGCAGCACAAGGUAUCUUCAGGUGAACUUGAAGCUAAAAUUAUGAAUCUUGAACAGGAAUUAAAAAUACUGACAACUUCUGAACAUGUGCAGGCUGAGCUUCAAAAACAUGAAUUCCCAGGGUCUACUGAUUCAGCAAGUACGAGUUCAGGGGGAAACACCACAGAGUUAAAUAAACUUAGAAAUGAAGUAAAGAAACUACAGAAGCUGUGUAAAGCUAAAGAUACAAAGAUUUCCAAAUUAACACAUGAUAUGAACAAUCCAAACUUUGAAAGUGGGGCACAAACUGAAGAAAAACUACAAAAAUUGGAAGCAGCACUUAGGGAAAUGAAAGAGGAAAGAGACGGUUUGAACAAUGAAAAUCAGAAGUUGCAGAAAAUGUACAAAGGGAGGGAAUUGAAGGUAAAGAAGUUUGAAGAGGUUAUUUCUGAACAAGAAAAGCUCAUUACUGAAUAUGAAGCAGAAAAACUGAUUCUGAAAGAAAGUGUUAAUGAGCUAAAUGAAAAGGUGGAGGACGCAAGGUACGAGGAACAACUUGCACAGAAAGACCUUCAAAAGAAAUUAAUGAAUCAGCAGGCACUUGAGGAGAAAAUUGAAGACAUUAACCAGGCUCUCGCUAGUAAAGAGCAACAAAUAUUUGAUUUAAAUCAAGAAAUCAGUGCAAUGAAAGAUGCCCAUGAAAAAAAAUACUUACAAUUAAUAAAAGAGAAUCAAAACCAACAAGAAUCGGCUUUACAACUAGAAACUGAAAACACAACAUUAAGUAGUAAUGUUCAAAAGAUGGAAGAAGAAAUCAAGAGUCUGAAAUCUCGGUUAAAAUGUCUUGAAGAAAACGAGGAAAAGCAUUUGACAGAAUAUAAGAAAGUAAGUUUAGUGAUGAAGGGAAAAGAUGCUAAGUUUAAGAAAUUUGAAGACAUGCUGAAGAAAAAAGAGGAAGAGUUAGAAAAUACACGUGUUCAAUUACAGGAAGUCACAAAAGUAUAUGAGAAUGUCAUCGAGAAAGAGGAAAUUACUGCUCAAGAAAUUAUAAAAUUACAAAAACUUGGAAAAGGAAAGGAGGCAAAGGCCAAGAAAUUUGAAGAUGUUGUAACCAAACAGGAACAAAUUAUUGCUGAAAAAGAAACAGAUGCAGUGAUCCUCCAAGGAAGAAUUUCAGAAUUAAAUAUUGAACUGGAAAGUCUUAGUGCUGCAGAAAUAGAAUUAAGACGCAAUUUUGAAGAUAGUUUAAAUUCAGUAGAGGAACUGAAAGAAAAAUGUAAGGAUAUGGAACACAAUCAAGUUGAUCUUAAUCAAGCUCUACAUCAAAAGGAAGAAGAAAUUGAAAAUCUGAAGGCAGAGGUGAAAUUUAGUAAAGAAAGUUAUAAUAAAUUGCUCAUAGAGAAAGAAGGAAUUGAAAAACAAUGUCAAGAAAUCAGGGAUACCCUAAUGCAGACUGAAGAAAAACUUCAUAAAGCCGAAAAAGAAGUUGAACGAUUAUCUGAAGAAAUCCAAAAGGUUCAGAAGGAUAAAGAUUCCAUUGUUUUUGAGGUGGAAAAAAUUAAAAAGGUUGGAAAGGGAAAAUUGUCAAAACUUACCAAAUUUCAAGAAGUAGUAGAAAAGCAAGAGAGUAUUUUGUCAGAAAAGGAAACAGAUUUACUUUUAAUGAAAGAACGAAUCAAUGAUUUGUCUGAAAAACUUGGACAGAAAGAAGAAGAAGUAGAACUAUUGCAGGGAGAGUUAGAGAGAAUGAGUCAGUGGGAAGAACUCUGUAAACAGCAUGAAUUGCACAUAGGGGAUAUGGAGCAGGAUAUGAGAGAUAAAAACAGAGAGAUUUUAGAUGACAGUAAUUCCAGCAAAAGGAAAAUUUUAAGCUUGGAAGAGAAAUGUUCUGCACUUGAAAAUACCAUUGAAUUUUUGCAGCGUCAAGAGAAAGAUAUGGAACAACAAAUUCAGUCUCUUACAGCAGCUGCAUCUGAGACUGACUACUGGAAAAGCAGAUGUCAGAAACUUGAAGAUGGCAGCGAAUCUCAGGUUAAGGCCAUGCCUGUUGUUAGUGACUUGAUUGAAAAACAAGAAUCAACAUCCACUUUAAGUAGCAACUCUGUGUUCCAAGAAACUUAUUCUGAAAAGAAUGCUUCCCAGCUCGAUGGACAAGAUCCACAACAAAUGAAGUCAUUAUUAGAAGAAAAGCAGACUUUAAUUCUUUCAAUGCAAGAUAAUCACCAAAAAGAACUCACAGCUUUAAAUGCCAAAUUAUCCAAAUUGAAAACGUUAUGUAAAGCCAAAGAUGCUAAACUUGCCAAACUGCAAAGUGCAGCCAAAGAUGAUCAAAGUAAAGCUGAUGAAAGUGGAAGUAACACAACUAGAGAAAGCAUAGAAAAUCUUUCCUUAAGCUCCAGUCAUAUUGAUAGUGAAUGGAAAGAAAGAAUAAUGCAUUCUGAAGUAGUUAUGCAGCUUGAAAGAGAAAUUGAAGAUUUAAAAGAUGUCAUUCAGUCACGAGAUGAAGAGAUUGUUGACGGGAGGAAUUUUGCAGUAAGUCAACAGGAAGAAUUGCAAUCAUUAAGAGAAUUUCUUCUUGCCAAAGAUGAAGAAAUUUAUGAUUUGAAAAAUAGAAUAUAUGGAUGGGAGGAUUGGUAUGAAAAAGAAUUUAGGGACACUGUGUCUUCAUAUCAAUCCAUGGAAGAUUUAGUCAUGGAAAAGGACACUGUUAUUGCUAAUCUGAAGGAAGAACUAGAAUCCUUUAAAGAUACAUCAGCACAAGAAAAUCCUACAGCUUCUGAUACGAAGGAAAAUGAAGAAAAAUCUCUUCAACAAGAAGUAGCUAAAUUAAAGAAAUUAUGCAAAGGGAAGGAAACUAGAAUUAAACAGCUAGAAAAAGCAAAGAAAGAACUAGAAGAAAAAACAAAGAAGUCAGAAGAACAAGAAUCGACACCUGUACCGAGCUCUCAACAGAUGGAGUGGCAUCAGCUUCUAGAAGAUAGCCAAGGUGAAAACCAGAAGUUGCGACAACACAUUGAAAUGCUAAAUACUGAACAUAUCCAAAGAGUUCAAGAUUUUGAGUCAGUGUUAAGCGAGGAAACUAAUCAAAUUCUGGCUCUCAAAGAAAAGUACAUUGGCUUAGAAAAUAAGUGUGCAAAAUUAGAGGAAUUGUCAAACUUAGUAGCUAUUGAACUCAACAUGUUCAAAAAAGAGGUUUUUGAAGUGAUAAGAGAGGAUCAGGAAUUUGUUUAUCAUGAGGCUUUGGAAUCAGCUAGUAGUCCUGUUGCAAUCCUAUCAAUGCUUCGUAAAGAAUUUUCCCAACUGCGUCAAUCAUUUGAAGAAAAUGUUGCAAAUCUGAAAGACAAAGAAUCACAAGUCACGUCCUUGCAAGAAGUGAACGACAAAAAAGUACAGGAAGUACUGUUCUUGGAAGAGAAGUUACAGUCACUAGAAGAAAUGAGGAGUACUCAUGUAAGGAGCUCAGAAGAGAAGGAAGAAUACAUUAAAAAUCUCAGUAACCAAUUGAAGGCUGUGCAGAGUGGUAACGAUGCACACCAGACACAAACAAUCCAAGACCUGAGGAAUCAGAUCACACGGCUAAAAGAUAACUUAUCUCGUCAAGGAAACGAAAUGCAAAAUAUACAGAUGCUGUAUAAUAGCCAAAGUGAGCAAUUGGAGGAGACAAUCAGAGCAUUAGAUGAGGCUAACAAUGUAAGGAGCAUUAGAAUGGAGGAACAAGACUUGGCUGUUACUCAUUUAAGAAAACGUUUGCAGGAAGAAGAGGAGAAGAAUAAAGAUUUGUCAUUAUCUUUGGAACAGACUCAGCAGAAUAUACUCGAAUUACAGCAAACGGUGCAAAAUUUAAAUCAAGCCAAUCAGGCAUACCAGUACUAUUAUCAAGAAAAAGAAAAUGAAGUUCAUGGUCUGAAUCAGAGAUGUGCUGAAAUGCAAACAUACUGUACCCAACAGGAUGAUAAAAUCUGUGCAUUGGAAGAAAAAUGUAAGACUGUUUUAUUGGAGAAGGAUGACACUGAAGCUUCAUUACAGGGAAUGAACGCUGCAUACCAGCAAAAUAUCGAACAAAAUGAACAGAUUAUUACAGGCUUGAGAGAAGAAAUUAAAGAAUGCAAGGAAAAAUAUUGUGACAUAGAAAGAGAAAAAUCCCUUUUGAAUGAACAGUUGAAGAGUACAAACGAAGAUGCAAAAAAGUUAUUGGAAACCAAAUCGCAGGAGAUGAAUCUUCAGAUUGCCAGUUUACAGAAGUCCUUAGAAAAUCAAACUUUGCUGAUGACUGAAAAGGAUGACCAUAUAGAGAAACUUUCCAUCAAUUUUACUGAAAGUCAAAGGAUGAUUCGGGAUCUUGAGUGCAAGCUGCAUGCAUAUGAAGAAUCUUAUUCAAGAUUACAAGAUAUACACACAAACAUGGAAAAAGAAAUCAGCGCUUUAAAACAGGAUUUAGUAGAAACCAAAGAACAACUUCAUGCAGCAAGAAUGAAACUGAGUGAAAAUGAAAAUGCAAAAAAUCGAUUAGAAAUUGAGUUGAAUGAAUUAGUGAAUUUAAGGGAAGUAGUUACUCAUGUGAAAGAAGAAAACUACAAAUUGCAGUCCAUUGUUUCCGAGAAAGAAGAGCAAUUAAUGUCUCUGAAAAGUCAAUGCAAUUUAAUGGAAAAAGAAAUGGAAUCAUUGAACCGAAAAUUAUCAGAGAACUUCAGCAUUCCUAAGGCCAUAGAAGAACCAAUGAUUCAAAUUUCUACAGAAAAACUUUUAGGAGCUGCGCCUUCCCAAUCCAUGCAACAAAUGGAUCCAAUCAACUUGGCAAAAGAUGCUGAUGAGACGAGGCAUCAUCUUCAAGAGCAAAUUGUGCAAAUGGAAGGAUUCCGACAGCAACUUGAAGACCAAGUAAGACGACAAGAGUCCGAACUGGAGGAACUUAGGAAGGUCCACAUGGAGGACACAGGUCACAAAGAGGUGGUUACAAGUAAACUUCAAGAAGCUGAACACAAUCUGAAAGUAUUACAAGCUCAGAAUGAAGAACUUCAAAAGAUGUUGUCAGAAAGAAUGGAGGAAAUCAAUACCAAAGAAAGUGAAACUGGUGAACUUAAAAGGACUAUUGAACAGAUGACUGAAGAAAGGAACCAUUCCUAUGAAGUAUAUCAAAAAGAUGUGGAAAUGAUGAAAGGUGCGACAGUAGAUUUACAGGCGGAAAAUUCGGAUUUAAGACAAAGAGAGAAAGAUUUAAUUACUUCUUGUGAAAGAUAUCAAUUGCAGAUCAGUGAACUUGAAAAACAGAAUUGUGAUGUAACUGUGGCAUUGGAGAAAGAUAGGACCAAAAUUGAAGAAUCAGAGAACUCUCUUUCAGCACAAAUUAAAGAAUUAUCUAGUGAAUUAAGCCUAGAGAAAGAAAAAACUCGUUUAUUUGAAGAGAAAGUUAAAAUUCUUUCAGACAAUUUACAUCAAGAAGAGCAAAAGAAAAAUGAAAUGGAGAGAAAACUGAUGGAACUAGAAAAAUCCAAAACAAUUGCUGAUGACCUGGCAAAAUCUAUGGAAGAGAAGGAAAAUAUUUUAACUGGCUUGAUUGAACAGCAUCAGUUGCAAAUCAGUGAACUUGAAAAACAAUGUCACGAUGCUGCAACAGCUCUACAGAAAGAUGGAGCAAAGUUUCAGGAAACUGAGAACUACUUUUCAACGCAAAUAGAAAGCUUAACCAGGGAGUUAAAUGCAGAAAAGGAAAAAACAAAUUUUCUUGAGAGUCAGAUUGAAGCUCUUUCUAGCGAGCUUCAUCAACACGAAAAGAGAGAAAAGGAUCUUGAAAAAGAAUUAGAAGAAUUGCAGAAAUCCAAAGUAAUCGCUGAUGAACUAGCAAAGUCUAUGGAAGAAAAAGAGAACAUUUUAACUGAUUUGAUUGAAAAUAAGAGUUCUGAUGAAGAGAUGCUAAUGAAAAAGUUAUUAGAGAAAGAUGAAAAAAUAGCAUCACUUCUAGGAAAUCUGCAAGAAAUGGAAGAACGUCUUAAUCAACUUGGACAGGCAGAGGAAAUGCUGGAAAAUACAAAAGAAAUGUGUGAAAAACAAGAACAGGAAAUUCAAGAAUUGAAAAAGCAGUUUGAAGAAAAAGACAUGAAUUUCCGCAAAGCAUUAGCGACAGCUAAAAAAAUCAAAUUUCAACUCCAACAAGCAACGAAAGCUAAGGAAGAUCUUGAAACUGAAAUCAAUUCUCUUAAAGACAAGAUGCGGGAAAAAGAAUCAUUCACAGAUGAAAGUGUAGAAAUAAACAAGAAUAGUGAUAGUGGAGAACAACAUGCAAUGGAAGACCUCCAGAAGAAAAUUCAGUUGUAUGAAGGAAAAAUUAGCGAGUUUGAAGGCAAAGAAAAAGAAUUAGAAAAUUUACAUUUGAAACUCAAAGAGUAUGAGGAUUUGGUUCAUUCAAGUGUUGAAGAAGUAACUGUUGUGAAAAAUGAACUUGAAAAAAGAAGCAGUGAGUUGAACUUGCUCCAAAGGAAUUUCGAGAUACGUGGUGAGACUAUUAAUGAGCUUGAAGUUGAAAAUAGCAAAUUAAGUGAUAGGCUACAAACUGAAACUGAUAGACUGACAGAAAAUAUUAUAAGAAUUGAAUCUCAGAAGUCGGAGAUGCAUUCACAGAUUUUAACAUUAGAAGAGGAAAACUCUAGUUUCAAACAACUGCUUAAAGAAAAGAAUGAUGAAUAUGAAAAUUUAAAAGAAGGAUUUGACCAAAUGACUCAAGAAAUAUCAUCUAAGGAAGAAAUAAUCUCUAAUAUUAAGGAAAAGCUAGAAAAGACAGUAAAUGACAAUGAAAAGGACCAUAUCAUUGAUCAAUUGUCUAAAAAUAUUAAAGAAUUUGAGAAUCAACUUGCAGAAAAGAGUCGAGAAGUGGAAGAGUUCGAGCGUAAAGGUAGUGAAUUUGAUGUUAUGUUGCAGUCAUUACAACAAGAAGUACGCAGCAAGAGUGAACUGGCAAAUGAUCUUCAGGGAAAUCUACAUACAAUGGAAAUAGAAAAGGGUCAGUUGGAGGAAUCUAUUCAGUCCUAUGUGAAAGAUGUAGAACAACUGAAAGACAAAAUUGUAAGUCUUUCAAAUUCCCUAGCUGAAAAAGAGGAAAGUUUGUCUGGAAUAGUGCAUUCAAUGAAAGGAUGUUAUGAAGAAGUAACAGGCGUUGAAUGUAAUAUACAAAGCAUUGAAGAUAUUCUUUUGGCCUUAAAAAAUUAUUCAAAGGAUCAAUUAAAUUCAUUUCGAGAAAAAAUAAAUAGUUUGGAGACUGCAAAUCAAGAAUCAGUAAGAUUAGCAGAACAGCAAAUUCUUGGUGAAAUGGAGAAUCAGUUGAAAGAUGAACAUGAAAGAAUGCAAACUUUGCAACACAAAUAUAGUUCUGUGAUUGAAGAAAAAUCGGCCCUUUCCCAACAGGUGAUCGAUCUUCAAAACAAAAUUCAUGAAGACCUUGAAAAUAGAAUGUCAUCUAAUGACCUUGCAAAUGAGUUAGAAAUAAAAACUAAAGAAAACAUGGAACUGAUGGAUCAAAUACAGGUAUUCAAAAUGGAACUUGAAGAAGCUCUUAAGGAAAAAGACAAUCUCAGAAAAACAAAUGAUGAAAUAAAAGAACAGAACAAUACUUUAAUUGAAAAAAUGAAAGAAAUGGAAAAUACCAAUCAUAGUUUACAUACCGAGAUCACUGGCUUAACAUCUAAAAUCGGAGAAAUGAAGGAGCUAGAAAAUGAGAAAAAUUCUUCAGGUGAAGAUCUACAGUUGAGAUUUCAGAAUCUAUUGCAAGAAAAUAAUGAAUUAAAAGCUGAACUAAUUAAUUUGUCUGAAAAGUGUAGCGCAAUGGAAGAAGCAAGGGUUGAAAUACAACAGCAAUGCAGUGAUUUGUUCAAGAAUAGUGAAAAAUUACAGUCUGAGAACAGUGACAUGAGGACUAAACUUGAGGGUAUUUCUUCUGCCCCGGCACAAGAAGUUUUUUCUGCCUCCUCCAGCAACAAGCUCCUCUCUGAGGUUGUGGAAAGAAAUGAACAGAGAGAAGUAGAAAAGUUAAGGCAGUCUGGAACACAUGAUACGGAGACAGAACUGCAAACAGCAAAAGAGAGUUUAAGAACGCUGGAAGAAAAUUAUGAAAAAGUUUCCGAGAAAUUGCAGGCAUCUGAAGGAAAAUGUGAAAAAAUGCUUAUCAAACUGAAAGCUUUCAAAACCAAAUGUGAUAAGCUUCAAGAAGAGGUCAAGACUUUGAAAAAGGACUCUGAACAUGGGCUUUCUCAGGAAAAUGUACAAAGGAUUCAAGAUUUAGAAGAGCAAUGUAAGAAAGAUGUGGAGACCAGGGAGGGUCUUCUUUCUGAAAUUAAAACUUUGAAGGACAUCCAACACAAUUUGGAAACCACGGUAGAAAAGCAACAGGAAACUGAGAAACAAUUGAACAAAGAAAUUGAGGCAUUGAAAGUAGAGAUAUGUCAAACACAACAAAAAUACGAAGAAAAAGAAAGUGAAUGGGAAUCGGUGAAUAAUGUUAAUUCAAAACUGAAGAUUGAAAUAUCAUCUUUAGAAAGCAAAGUCAUGGAAUUAAAUUUAAAGGAAAGGGAACUUAUGGAAAAAAUUUCUGAAUAUGAAAGCAAAUUGUCUUCGGAGAGUGAUUUGAAAUUUUCAUUGGAAGCUGCUGAGAUAAAGCGUGUGGAACUUGAGAGAAAACUGGAGGACAGUGUCAUGCUGUGUGAUUCUUUAGAGGUCGAAAAUAAAAGUUUUAAAGAUAUUGUGGCUAAAUUGAGGGAAUCUAAUUCGGAGCUCGAGAAGGAGAAAAGAAAUACAGAAGAAGAUAAAACAAAGUCGGAAAGAUUGUUGGAUACAAUCAAAGAACUUGAAAGUGAAAGAGAACAGUUGCUUGAAGAGAUUGAUGGAUUUAAAGAUGACCUGUCCGAACUGAAACGAGAAAAGAAUGCUUUGAAAGAGGAAAAAGAGACAAUUAAUAUUAAAUUGAAUGAUGCUGCAAUUGAGAACAAAGGAAUGAGAGAGAAAAUAGGCGCCAUGGAAUGGAAGAUUGAAGAGGUUGAAUCUUUGGAGGAGGAACUAGAAGAAGUCAGAUCAGAACUUGACAAAAAGAAGCAAGAAUUAAAUCAAGCAAUUAAAGAAAAGCAAACUAUUCAAGAAGAAUUAGAAAAAAGUCGUAAUAGCACAACCAGCACAUUACAACUUCUGCCGGAUGAAGAUUUUGAGUCGUUAAAACAUGAGCUCCAAAAGAAGUCAGAUGAAAACAAAGACUUAGAGGAUCAAAUCGAUUCCUUUAAAGAGGAAUUGAAUGAAAUGUCGACAGAAAUCGAUAGUCUUAAAGGAGAACUAACUGUUGCUUCUGUCAAGGCUUCCAUUUGUGAUAGUUUACAAAGUGAAAUCGCAGCUCUAAAGUCAAAGUAUGCAGCAGUCGAAGGUCUUGGCUCAUCCAAUGACACUGACGUCGAAAAAUCUCUGAAAGAGAGUGAAGAUCAAGUCAAAUUGAUAAAGGAUGAACUGGAUAAUUCAAUAGUGGAGAAUAAACAAUUAAAAGAAGAAUUGAUCGUGCUGAAAGAAAGAGUGAAAACGGCUGAUCACUUACUUGAGGAAAAAAAUAAACUUAAAACAGAAAUGGAAAGCAUGCAACAAGAUAAAAGAAAUUUAGUAGGAAAUGUUUCCAGAGAUGAAACUGAAGCAUCUAACAGAGUCCAAGAGCUAGAAGAGGAACUUGAACUAAUUAAAGAGGAAUUGAAUGAGGCGAUGUCUGAAAAUGAAACAUUGAGAAGUGGAACACAGGUUUCGGAUUACAAGGCGCUUUUAUUUGAUAAGCUCCAGGUUGAAUAUCAAAGCUUAAAAGAAGAGGUGGAAGGUUUAAGAAAAAACAGCUCAUCAGAAAUAAAGCAACAAAGCAAGGAUUCGGUAGACACGUUUAAUAAACGACUUCAAGAAAGCCAGGCAGAAAAUGAACAGUUGAAAUCUCGACUUUCUAUGAUGACUAUUGAGUCGAAAGGAAAGAAAGAAGAUGCAUCACGUGAACGGUCGACUCCAGGUGAUUUGCAGAACGAAUUAAAGGAAAAGCAAGAACAGUAUGAAUCACUAGUAGAGGAUCUGAAUGAAGUGACAUCAGAAAAUGAUUCAUUAAAAGGAGAAAUAGCACAUCUUAAAAUUCAGAGCCAGAUGUUUAAUGAAGUUAAGAAAGAGUAUGAAUCUUUGAAUGAACAGCAUAAUAAAUUGUUGAUGGAAAACACUAAUAUGGCGAAGAACAUUGAAGAAUUACACAACAAACUACAGAAAAGUGGUGACCAUGAUGCCUUAUUUAUAAAGGAAGAAAGAGAGCAUGUGGCAAGGGAGAAAGAAACAUUUAUUCAAAAUAUAAAGCAGCUUGAGAAAAGAUGUGAAGACCUUAAUCAGAAAAAUUCAAAUCUCAGUCACCAAUUAGUAGAAUCAGAGGGAAAGAUGCAACAACUGAAGUUUGACAACGAAACAAUGAGAGCUCAGUUAGGUAUUUCACAGAAUGGACAGAUGCAGAUGGAAAACUUCCAUGGAGAUUAUCAGAGACUUCAAGGACAUUUUUCAGCUGCGAUGGAUCAGAAAAACAGGGCACAAGUUGAAGUUAAUCAAAUGGCUCACAGACUGCAACAGAGAGAUGCAAGGUGUCAGCAAAUGGCACUGCAGGUUAGCCAGUUGGCUGAAGACAGGGGUUACCUAAAUGUUCAGCUCGGAAACUUAUCCAGAUCAUUAAGAGAGAAAGAAAGUGAGCUGUCGUCUCUGCAACAACAGUAUAGAAUUUUAUACCAGACUCACAUGUCACUUCAGUCCAAGUUGCUGGAAUCGGAAACAAAGGCCAUAAACAUUGCCAUGCAGCGAGCCUCCUCAGUGGAGAUCACCGAAGCAGCAGAACCACGGGUUGUACCAGAGGAAACCAGGAUCACCAUGUCUCCAGCAGAACCAGAGGUUGAGGAAGUCAAACAACUUCGCUCAAAGUUGCAAGAGACUGAGUUAACUCGUGAGUCACUACAAGACCAAUACUAUGCAAUGGAGAAAUCACUGAAGACAGAAAGAGAACAGCGACAACAGUUAGAAGAGGCCCUGAACACGCUACAGGAGCAGGCCAGACUGGCGGCGGAGAAUAAAGAGUUUCAGCUCCAAGUAGAAGAUGAGGAUGAAAAUAGAAUUUUGGAAACCAGUCCCAUGUUGUCCCGUAGUGGAGCAGGGUACGGACAGAGGGUGUGUAGCUGGCUAACAGUUCGUCGGGAAUACCUCUGCUUUUCCAGUCGGAGUUUGAACCGCCUGAUGCGCAUGCGCCCUGGAAUCAGGAAGAUGAUUUGGGGAUACUUCAUCCUGCUACAUAUUCUGGUCGUUGGCUGUGUGUUUGGACUUUUCUGAUGGAGGAAUCGUGAAUUUAUGAAUAUAAUAAACAUAUUUGAUAUUAUGAUGAAAUAAGAUGGUGCAAUCGUGUAUUAUUAACUUAAUUUUCCACAUUUUUUAUGUGAAUGAUUUUAUUUCAUAAGUAAUGUUAAAGAGAUAUUUGUAUAUAAUGUGUGUGCAUGUGAAGAUUUUCCUGUAAAGAUGUAAAAAUGACAAUCUAUAAAUUUAUUUGUACAUACUUAUAAAAGAGAGAAAGGAAUAUUAUGUGAUACAUGUACUCUUCACUUGAUUAGCUUUGAGAACAUGAUCCUAUUGUUCUCUGAUGUACAUGAAUAUUCCAAACUCUUGCUUCCUAAUUUUUUUUAAUUGUUGUUGAUAAAUUUCAUUUUUGUUAAACAUUCCAUGUUUUAGUAGUUUUAGUGAACUUUGCAAUUGUAUCUUCUCCUUUAUUUUCGUUUAUGUUUCCUAAGUUAUUUUAAUUAUGAAGACUUUUGGAAAGAGUAUAAUACAUGUAUAUAUAUUAUGGAUGCAAUGUUUAUGUAAAUGUCUAAAAAUAUAAAGAGGUUAUUCUAAGUAGAUUUAAGUCUACUUGUAAAUUGAUGCAUAACAAAGUUUUUUUUUCAAAACCAGUUGUGAAGUAUACAUAUCAUGGUUAAGAUCCAAUGAAUAAAUUAUAUUUUCUGAUA